AUGAGCCACGGAUCUUUCCAGUCGCUUCCUCUCGAGAUUCGUGACUACAUUCUCACUCUCGUUCCAGACUACUAUACGCUGCGAUGCGCGGUUUUGUCCUCGAGAUGCGUAUGUAAUACAUUUUUAUCGAGGAGGAGGACCAUCAUGCGAGAGGUCGGACUCAGCGAAAUUGCACCUGCUCUGCCGUGGGCCUUUGCGCUCGUGCGCAUGAGGUAUGCACUUGAAGAAGAACCCUUGCAGGUAGUUGUGGAAGGUUUGACCGAUACGAGCCCGGAUUCUGCGUAUUGGAAUAUUGAUAUUAGCGGAAAGGAAGCGAAAGCAUUGUCAGCUGUAUCAGCCGCAACCAGGAGGCUUGAAUCGUUUUUCUGUGUACGAUACAAAGACAGAACUGCUCUUACCAGUACACUCUCUGAAGUCGAGAGUCUGAGAUUUCAUCGCGCAAUAUACCGAACAUGGAUUAUGGCCGUACUUCUCGAGGGUGAUAGGUACCAGUAUUCUGAUAUCGUCGACAAGGGCAUUGGGUUCUUGACGGAUCUGUGUGAGAGGGAGCUCGCAGAAUUGCGUGAAGUUGAGUUCUUUCUCGGUGCGAUAUUUUCCAGUUCUGAGCUCAGGGGAUCACUGUUCGACGGCUAUCGUCUGCCUCUCUGUGUAGCUCCUGAUAUUGUCCAGACUGCUACAAGAAUUCGUGUCAGUGUUGACCCGUACACGAACCCGUUCAGACCGCCCUUCCUUUAUCUGGCUAACUACAGGCGCCUCCUAAGCAUGCUAGGGUCUGUGACAACACCCCCAGGGCGAUUCAUUCUAACCAAAUACCGGAAGUGUAGCAGGCGAACUGCGAAAUUGUUUGGAGAAAAUAACUGGCAUCUACUGCAAUAUUUCUUGAACCUUGACGAUCUUCUACCAGGACGUAUUGCUGGCAACGAUUAUCUUGUUGGCGUCAUCGGAAGAUUGAUUCCCUGUGAAGACUCGUUACAAUACGUGCUCGGCAACAUGUUCGAUUCUCAGAACGACCCGGAGAGCAAGUGGGAAAAGUCCGACUGGCUGUGUAUAAAUUGCGUCAAGGAGUUUUGGAGGGAGAGAUUGCUCUCAUGGGUUAUAGACCAAUUGGUAAAAGACGGCCACGAACUUGGAAGCAAUUGCAGAUAUGGUUACAACUGCUGCUGUCAAACACACAAUAAACGGCAUGCCGAGAAACUGAAUCAUCUAUGCGAGCCUGUAGAUCAUGAUGCCACGGUCUGCCCUUACGAGAGGUUUUCGCGAACAGCUCUGGGUAUUUCUGACGAUAUGUGGAAUGAUAUUUUGCGAGAACGGCAAGGCAGGGGCGCGUAUAUCCCUAAAGGCAUCGAGGUUAAGCAGAAUCGUCCCAAGGAACAGAGGCCAGGACCUUCCCAGAAAAUCCAGAUGAAAGACCAAAGCUGCGGGCACCUCAAUCUGGCAGUCGACCUAAAAAAGCCUUUCGGUCCUUAUAAAACCCUUCAACUAAAUCUGUUUCAAAAUGAAGCAGCGAUGGAUACUGAGGUGCGCGCUGCUCUGGAGCGCGAUUCGGGUGAUUUGGGCGACGAAGAGCCCAUGGAUUAUAGAACGUUUCGGAAUUUCUUGGAGAGCUUUAAGAGUCAAGCGGGCCUUGCGGGCCCAGUUAGCUCGCUGGUGGGGAGACUGGAGCCUUGGUGGUUGCCCAGAGAAGAAUCCUGA